AUGGCUCCAAGAGGCAGAGGACACGGUGGUCGGCAAAAUGUUGAGGAUGCAAGGUACGCACGUUUGGAGGAACAAAUCCAGCAAUUUGAGGAGCGCUUUGACAUGAUUGCGGAACAAAUUGCUGCACUAAAUAUUGAGAACCGUUCUCAAAGUUGUCAUGGAGAGGAGGAAGAACGUUAUGAAAGUGAAGAGACUGAAAAUCCAUUUGGGAAUCAUAGACAGAGAAGACAUGUUCCUCCACGAGAUCAUGGACGAUGGGAGUCGGUUGAAGAAGUUUUGGAUUUCAAAGAUGUGCCACAAGACAAGCAAGUUCCCUUAGUGGCUAUUCGAUUUCGAGGUAGAGCAGCUGCGUGUGGCAGCAAUUGA